CACUGGAUCAAUGAGACGACGGUUACUGGAUCUCUAGGAAGAACACUUUAGAACUGAUAGAGCUAUCUAGUAUAAAUAAAGUUAGUUUAGUUUAGGUUUCCUUCUGUAGUAACACUGGAUCAAUGAGACGACGGUUACUGGAUCUCUAGGAAGAACACUUUAGAACUGAUAGAGCUAUCUAGUAUAAAUAAAGUUAGUUUAGUUUAGGUUUCCUUCUGUAGUAACACUGGAUCAAUGAGACGACGGUUACUGGAUCUCUAGGAAGAACACUUUAGAACUGAUAGAGCUAUCUAGUAUAAAUAAAGUUAGUUUAGUUUAGGUUUCCUUCUGUAGUAACACUGGAUCAAUGAGACGACGGUUACUGGAUCUCUAGGAAGAACACUUUAGAACUGAUAGAGCUAUCUAGUAUAAAUAAAGUUAGUUUAGUUUAGGUUUCCUUCUGUAGUAACACUGGAUCAAUGAGACGACGGUUACUGGAUCUCUAGGAAGAACACUUUAGAACUGAUAGAGCUAUCUAGUAUAAAUAAAGUUAGUUUAGUUUAGGUUUCCUUCUGUAGUAACACUGGAUCAAUGAGACGACGGUUACUGGAUCUCUAGGAAGAACACUUUAGAACUGAUAGAGCUAUCUAGUAUAAAUAAAGUUAGUUUAGUUUAGGUUUCCUUCUGUAGUAACACUGGAUCAAUGAGACGACGGUUACUGGAUCUCUAGGAAGAACACUUUAGAACUGAUAGAGCUAUCUAGUAUAAAUAAAGUUAGUUUAGUUUAGGUUUCCUCCUGUAGUAACACUGGAUCAAUGAGACGACGGUUACUGGACCUCUAGGAAGAACACUUUAGAACUGAUAGAGCUAUCUAGUAUAAAUAAAGUUAGUUUAGUUUAGUUUAGGUUUCCUUCUGUAGUAAUAUGGAUCAAUAAGAGAUGACCGUUACUGGACCUCUAGGAAGUACAGUUUGGAACUGAUAGAGUUAUCCAGUUUAUGAAUAUGAUAAGAUCACCCUUGCUCAAGUAAGUAAAGUUUAUUUCGUAUUUGCCCAACGUUUCUAGCCGUUUCAAUUUUCAGGUUUAGCUAUGUCUGUCAUGGGGUCAGGGCCGUCAGCAAUGCCGAAGCACUGUCCUCAAGGAUUCUCCCAGCAUUUGGCAGUCAUAGACGAAGAUUGUGAAAUCAAUUAUUGUACCAAAACUAACUUCCUGUCGUCACAAGGACUGCCAGUUAUCAAGCGACCUCCGUUCCACAGAAAACCCAGUCGAAAUAGCGCAAUUAUGUUCCCGUUGAUGAUAGAAAAUAAUGAUACUAAUAAAGUGUACAUACGCCAUGAGGCAGAUAAUGGCAACUGGAUCGAGCUGACGGCAAGGUAGGUUGAUUUUCGGAUAAGUAUACAACAACUGCACUUUUCCUUUAUUAUAACACCACAACCAUCAUAAUUACUACCAUCUUAACCACCACCAACAUCACCACUACCAACAUGACCAUCGUCAUUACCACCAACAUCACCAACAACAUCACCACCACCAGGGACGCCGGAACGAUAAAAAGGCAAGGUGGGCAAACGCACACCAAAGGGCACCUCUACAGACGCCGGUGAAGAUAUAAACCUACAAUUGUGUGUUGAUCAUGACUUGCCAAUAUAUGAAAGCAAACGCACUUCAUCAGGUCACAUUCAAGAUCACACCUCAUGAUUUUGCCCAGCUCACACCUCAUGAUUUGCCCAGAUCACACCUAAUGAUUUUGUCUCCCCCCCCCAGUCCCUGAUCACCACUACCAUCACCACCAACAUUAAAAUUAUCAUCACCACCAGCAUCAUCACCACUACCAUCACCACCAUCAUCACAAUCAUCAUCACCAUCAUCAUCACCAUCAUCACAACCACCAUUAUCACCAUCGUUAUUACCACCAACAUCAUCAUCAUCAACAUCAUCACCACUACCAUCACCACAAUCAUCAUCACCACCAUCAUCAUCAUCAUCAUCAUCAUCACCACCAUCAUCAUCAUCAUCAUCACCAUCACCAUCACCAUCACCACCAUCAUCAUCAUCAUGAUCGCCACUACCAUCACCAUCAUUACCACGAUCAUUACAAUCAUGAGUGAACGGGACUUUAUAUAUAUUUUUCUCGUUUAGUAUGUCAAUGAAAAUGCCAUUGCGAAAAUCAGAGCCAACCCAGGGAGCAGUUGAAAACCUCAAGUUGAAAAUGGAAGGACUAGAGGAAAUUAAGUCGUCACAAUCCGCGGGCGAUUCCUCCAAGGACAGUGGCCUGAGCGGAGGUGCAACGGCAGGUAUCACAAUCGGCGUCACUUUGGGCGUUGGGAUACUGGUCAUUGCGCUUUUUGCCCUGCGUCGUCGGAGAAACACGUCAGUGAACGCCGAUCGCUCGGGUUAUCAAACUUUUCAAAAUUCUUAAUGGAAGAGAGCUGGAUUACGAGUGGAACUUUACUGAUAUUUAAUAGGUACUUAAUAGGGUAAAAAUGGACAAUUUCUUUGAUAUAAUAAGGGAAAUACUAUAUGAAAGGGGGGGUCGUAAUCAGGCCUGGAAAAGGUGUUUGAUGUUCCUCGGGAUCCUGUAUUUGCGUUUUCAAAUGUUCCUCAAAAGUGCGUAAAACAAUGGAAAAUUUGAUCGUACAUGACGCCGUAUUUGAACAUUGAACAGCACUUCAAACACUCAUUAAUAAUUCAUAAUUCAUAAGCUUAUUGACAAAUCAUGUCAACCAUAAUAUGUCACGUGCAGUGGCUUUAAACCUGAUAAAACACUCCUAAUUAGUAUUCUUUAUAUAAAGAAUACUAAUAAGGCAGUAUCUAUUGUAGUCGUGUCCUCAUUAGUAUUCUUUAUAUAAAGAAUACUAAUAAGGCAGUAAAUCUAUUGAAUUUGUAGUCGUGUUUGAAGCCGUUUAAUAAACUCGCAGGUCGUGUUUUAUUAGGUCUAAAGCCACUCGCGCUGCGCGCUCGUGUUUUUAAACCUAAUAAAACACUCCUGCUCGUUUAUUAAACAGUACUUCACAAAAUUCUCAAAUAACAGAUAUAAAGGAGGUAUGAUAUAAUGAUUCCUUAAGAUUCUCCCAUAACGUAUGUCUGAAAAAUUUGAAAAUGUUCCUCAAUUUUCUUUUAAAGUAAAUAUAUGUUCCUCAGGAUCCCUAGAUAAUAGAUAUCGCACUUUUUUCCAAGUUUAAAAUGAGAGUUUUUUGUAUUGAAGUUGUCAGCUACAAUUCAACUGUUAGCGCGAUAUUUUGUAAGAUGUCAGUUGCAAUUUGCUGUUUCAUCACUUGUCAGUUAUCAGUUGAGACAUUUUGCCAAUCACAUGUACGGGUAAAUGGCUGUAGCCAGUAAACUCAAUUCAGACAAUGUAAAAUUAUAAAGGGUAAUAUUUAACGGUAAACUAAUAAAAAGUAAAAAAUUAUCUUAUCUUGUUGUUUUAUUUUUGACAUUAUAUCCUCGUAUAAAAAUCUUAUGCAUUAUUUCAGCGCAAUAUGAUACAAAUACAUCUCUAUAUUUAUCCAGAACUACAAAAUUAUUUUACGACUAUUCAACUCAACUAUAUAUGUUACUGGACCGUCACAAACAGAUGCGCAUGUGACGUCAACAUUCUAAAAUACUUUAUUAAAUAAAACAAAAUUGGCGAAAUUCUGUCCUGGUAGUAAAAGUUAAAUAACAGCAAUUUUAUCCAAAAUGCUUUGAUUCUUUUUAAGAUCGUAUCAAAAGUCAUAUCUUAACCUUAACCAAACAUUUUUUAAAUAAAUUUUAUACAUAAAUUUACCUCCAGGAAUAAUUGUUCGACCAAAAAUUUUUAGUUGAAAACUCGCAGUACCAAUAAACAAUUUAUGUCAGAAUGUCGUGACGUCACAUGCACACAUAAAUAUCAAUUAAUGCGCUGGGCACCGAGGUCACCUCGAACCGAAUUAAAUAUGAAUGUAAACUAAACGUUACUAUAUAUUCUAUGUGGAAUUCUGUGGGAUUAUGUGCGGAUUAGUAAGCACUGCAGAAUCAGUAUUUAACAAUUAUUGACAAGAAUGAAAUACUGUCCACACGCCCGAAGGCCUGUUAAAAUGCAGUGAGCUCCGUAUAGACCAAUUGCGAAACUUAGUGACCGCGCCUUCAUACUGCACGAGAACGAGGCUUAUUAUGCAAAAACAAAACAAUUUCUAUAUUUUUAUAUAGCGAAAAGUGAAUUUUAGGGUUUUUAAAGUGUUUUUUCUUGAAUCUCUUUGAUCUUUUCUUAAUAUUUCGUGCUAGGUUAUAUAAAUAUUUGUUAAAUUUAUCUAAACAUCGAUUUCCCACUAUAUUUUUACCCGCUUUAGAGAGAUAUUUCGUUGUUGUUUUAGCAUGCGAUGGAACAAACAUAUGGAAAAGAUCAAUCUAGACUUUAAAAUCUGAUCAAGAUGCAAAUAAAAUAGCCAGUAUAACUUAACAAACUAAAAUAUAACUCUUUCUACCCAGAUUUUUUUAGACUUGUGCGAGAAAAAACGAUUUUGUCAAAGGAUAAUAACAUAAAAUUUCUACAACUUUUGCCCGACAUUUACUUUCAUAUUUUUAAAGUUAAAAUCGAAAACUUGCUAUUAUAUUACAACUGAAACAAAAUUAAUCAAUGUUACAACUUAUUCUUUGAAAUGUAAUAAUAAAACAGACGGAAAAUAUCUGAUUCUUUCUCUGGUAUAAUCUGCUUCUUUUAUCGGAAGGCGAAAAACAGCAAAACUUUGCCUCGCACGCCGCGAAAAACAAUGAAAUUUGAAGUAAGACUAAAUCUAUGAACAAGUUUAAUAAAGAUUUACAUAAUCAAAACAGAAAUAUUGAAAAAAAAUGAAGAGAUUACCAUAAAAACGCGUCUCAAACACUGAAAUUCAUUUUUCGCCAUAUAAAAAUAUAGCAGAAUGAUUUGUUUUUGCAUAAUAAGCCUCGUUUUCGUGCAGUUUAAGGCGCGGUCACUAAGUUUCGCAAUUGGUCUAUAUACAGCUAAUUCAAAAAAGGUUGUCCUUUUCAAACCUCAAACUCUAAACCUUAAACCUUCAACUCUAAGCGUGCAAAGCAUAAUGGUAGCAUCAUUUAAUCAGUUUAGAAAUCAUAUAUGGGGCCCAUUUCUUAGAGACAUGGUAAAUAUCUCCUUAUGAAAACAAUUCAUUCACAAACGCUGCAACAAUCGACUAUUAAGCUUGAAACUUGUGCUCCCAUUAAGCUUUGCGCGCUUAGAGUUUAAGGUUUAAGGUUUAGAGUUUAAGGUCGCAAAGGACAACCUUAUUUGAAUUUGCUGCAUAUAUCUGGAGCGAGAACUUGAGACCAAAAAGUGAAGCCAAAAUAGCAAUAUCGUACUCAGAGCCAUCGUUGAGUGGUUGUGGAUACGAGAUUGCCAAAAUAGCGGAAAUUGAAGAGCUAUUGGACGUUAGUUCCAGUCCCUUUCUAUUUUUUUGUCUGCGCGGUUAACACAAAGCUGGCAAGGAGUGUGCCGAAAUUUCGUAUUUUGAUAUCGAUUUAAAGAAUAACACUAUGGUUUUAUGAACUGAUAACUUGGUUAGCGAUACGGUCCGUUAGAAAAAAAACUGGAAUUCAUGCUGGGAAAAAUGGUAUAAAAACUAUUUACGGCCUUCCGAGCUAUUGGACGUCAAUGGCACAGAAUACUAUACAGAAGGCCAUCUCCAUUGUUUUUUCAUAAGCGCUAUUCGUCAUGAUUCGUCACUCAGUAAGUACCCUAAACAGAAGUAGUCACCCCCCCCUGGACGUGUGCCAUUUUGAAUAUUUCCAGGGGGUGACUGCUUCUGUUUACGGUACCAUUAAACUAUACAUAAACUGGAAGGCUAACUGCUAUGAUGAAGGCCUAUGAUUUGAGGAAGCCAAAAUAGUUUUUCUGAAUUAUGUGCAGAAAUACUUGAUCCCAAACGUUGGGCUAUAUAUCAAAUUGAAGCUAUUGAAACUUUCUAUUCGGUGUGGCAAUUUCAAGACGUCAGCGAAAAGAAAAUAUUUAAAAAAUACAAAAACAACUCAUUUUUGUAGUUUUUCAAUAUUUCCCUUUUAGCUAAAGUCUUUAAAUUUCUACACCAAAUAGUGUUUUUCAAUAGCUUCAAUUUGAUAUACAGCUCAACGUUCAGUGUUGAGUAUUUCUGCUCAUAACUCAGAAAAACUAAAAUGCACCGACUUCAAUCCCCCUCCCCCUGAGUUAGCCUUCCAGUUUAUUUAUAGUUCAAUGGUUUGAACCAAACAGAAUACCAAACAAGUUAACGUCCAAACAGACCCCACAAUUUUGCAUCCAAUCUUGUACCAAGUUUGCCUCAGACGUGUGACAAUUUGCGCGUUUUUACGCGUGUAAUUAGCAUUAGUUAUUUUAUAACGUUGCAUCAAAGCGCAAAUUAUUCAUAUUACAAAAUUAAUCAUAAAUACUGCGUAUUAUAAUAUUUACCCCGCCCAUGAUACGGCUUGUGCAAUGUAGAUAUUUUAUCCAAUGAUGAUUUCAUAUUGCAUGUGACAUGCGAUGAUCACGUGAAAUUAACGGAAGAUGGUUUUGAUUGGACGAUUUUUAACACCAAUCUUCAGAAUCCCUAA